UCAAGGGAGAGCUCUACGCAUGCGCCUCUUUGGGAAGAGGCCACCAAAACAGGAAAAAAAAAAAAGCAGUCGGCCCGGGGAUCCUGGCGUGACGUCACGGCGUUCUGACUCCGCGGGGCGCGAGGCGAGUCUGCUUUUUUGCAAAAGCGAAGCCGCCGAAGCGCGGAGGGUGCAAAGCCGGGCAGUGGUAGAAGAAUUGAAGCCCGAUUUCCACUAUGCCUGGAUUGAUGUUGUUCGGCCGGCGUUGGGCUAUCGGCAGUGAUGACUUUGUCUUCCCUGGAAGCUUUGAGUUGUUCAUCAGAGUGACCUGGUGGAUCGGAAUUUUGGUUUUGUAUUCCAUACACAAAGGACAAUUUAACUGUACCGGAGGAGGUCUUCUGAAUAACUACCUUCUCAUCCUCCUUAUCCUCCUGGCGUUCAUCAUAGCUGCUUUGUCGUCAAUUACAUACACUAGCAUGCAAGGAACCAUUUCCAACCCCGGGCCAAGAAAAUCCCUUCCGAAACUUCUGUACGUCCGCCUGGCUCUUUACGUCCCAGAGCUUGUCUGGGCUGUUGUUGGAACUGUGUGGAUAGCCGACAAGCGAGUCAACUGCGAAAGAGCUAUGAUCGAUGCCAUUUUUGGGACCGUUAUUGUCAGCUGGGUGAUCAUGGUCUUCAUGCUGGUGGCCGUUUUCAUUUUCUUCGACCCUCUCGGGAGGAAGUCGGUCUACCUGGCCGACUACGCCACUCGCAAUCUGGAGAGCAGCCAGUCGGAGCAGCUGUUUUGCAACAUCAAGAAGAGGGCCACGCGAGUCUGGGAAAAGAGAAUCCGGUUGUUGUGUUGUUGCAUUGUGCAAAACGACGAUCACCGCGUGGCUUUUACCAGCAUCGCCGAACUUUUCCGUUCCUACUUCUCGGACACCGACUUGGUGCCGAGCGACAUAGCAGCAGGCCUGACUCUACUCCACCAGCAACAGGAUAAGGUCGAAAAUUCAAAAGACCCCGACGAAGUUUUAAUUCAGCCCCCGUCGCCUCCUGCAGGGAACGAUUUGGAGGUGGAAUUAGAAAACGCGGCUCAUUAUAUGAAGUUUGCCGUGGCUGCGUACGGCUGGCCUUACUAUGUCCUGGCGAAUCCUUUUACGGGUCUCUGUAAGCUGAGGGGGUUCUGUUGCAGAAACAGCUCAGCGCAGACGGAGAUCAUCGGGAGAGAUUAUCUUAACAUGCACUUCGGUUCCAUCAUGCAGAUGACGGGACUGCAAAACAGAGAUUUCAUCCACAUCAGCUUUCACAAUAAAAUUUUUGAGAUCCCUUUCUUCGUGGCCUUGGAUCACCAAAAAGAAGCUGUCGUGGUCGCCGUGAGAGGAACUUUAUCAUGUGAGGAUGUCCUAACGGACCUCUCAGCAGACUGUGAAAGCUUAACUCUUGAAGAUGUCCUAGACAAUGGCCUUGUCCAUAAGGGGAUAACCCAGGCUGCCAAUUAUAUUUAUAGAAGACUGAUAAACGAUGGGAUUUUGAACCAGGCGCUCAGCAUCGCACCCGAAUAUAAACUGGUCGUCGCUGGCCACAGCUUAGGAGGGGGCAUUGCCUCCAUCCUAGCUAUCAUGCUCAGAAACUCUUAUCCCAACAUGAGAUGCUACGCUUUUUCUCCACCUGGAGGCUUAUUGAGCAAAUCCCUUGCGGACUACACAAAGCAGUUUAUUGUGUCAGUCAUUGUGGGGAAGGACAUCGUUCCCAGGUUAAGCAUGCUCAAUUUGGAAGACCUGAAAAGGAGAAUUAUUAGAAUCGUUGCCAACUGUAACAAACCCAAGUUCCAGAUUCUCUUACACGGAUGCUGGUAUGAAGUUUUUGGAGGGAAACCCGAUAACUUCCCCACCGAACUGGAUGGCAGGAACCAAGAUGCUCUGACCCAGCCUCUCCUCGCCGAAGAGAACCUGAUGGUUCAGCAGUCGCCCUUGUACACUAGUUUAGACGACAAUUCACCCUUAGGGUCCAGCCCUCAAUACCCUCACUUGUUUCUCCCUGGGAAAAUCAUCCACAUCGUCGAAGAAAACAGCACAAAAGGCUGGUUCUCUUCUGAAGUCAAGUAUUCAGCCAGCUGGUCGCAAGAAACCGCCUUUGGUAGUAUUUUAAUCAGCCCCAAGAUGAUCACCGAUCAUUGGCCAGAUAUAGUCCUCAGAGCUCUCCAGAGCUUGGUUCAAACCGAAACAUCUUGCGUUUCGUGUCGAUCCCAAGGUGAAGCUUUCUGAAUGUUGUGUAAUGGCAGAGAUGGACAAGCACAACCUGACUGUGUGCCAGAUGUUCACAAGAACAGCCUUUUUAGCAGUUCAGCUGCGUGUGUCUAAAAGCAGAAGAUCAGAGAAAGAUCUUCAGAUGUUUCUGGAUGUCCCACCACCUUAAGGUUGAGGGUAACGUCUUCUGGAUUGCUUGUAACGGACCGAGAUGAUUCGUGUUGAAAGAUACGAUUUCAUGGAAGUUUUAAUAGGUCACAUCUGCCCAGGGGACUGUGGUGACAUGAGAAGAACCCAACUGAUGGAAAGCGAUGGUUGAUGUCCUUCUAAAGAUCCUUUAGAUCCGUCUGAUCUGCUACGUGUUUUUCGAAAGCACAUUAUGGGUCGCCAGACCAAUUCCCUGUGGCAUAGUGACACCUGAACUGCAAGGUUUACGAGGUACUUGUAAAUGUGUAAGUAAAUCCGGAAUCUUGGUGAAAAUUAACCUCAAGACUUCGCCUAUUUUGGAUACGCACUGAUGAUGAUUAAGUUUCUGCCGAUGAUCAGAAAUGUCUUGGUUUUUUCCUUUCUUUCUUGAAAGGAAGAAAGCAUUUUAGAUGCUUUUCACUGACGGAACUCUUAAUUCUUGGGGGUCUGUGCAAUUACGUCUGUUUUUGUUUACAGUUCUUUUUAACACCGCUGAAUGUGCAAUUAACGAUAGAAAAUUUAAAAGCCACGGUCUUCGGUUCGUGUUAGCACAAAUUUUAACUCUGUAUCAAGAUUUUUUAUUUUUUGUUUAGAAAAACAAUCCUACCGUGUUCUAUCGAGCUGAUAAAAAGUUUGGCGUGAUUGUUUUAAAAGAAACAAAUCCAGAUCAAGUUGAUUAAGAGGAUUCUUCAAAACUUUGAUUGCUGUCCUAAUGGUGAUUGGUAGGUGAUGUUUUUGGAUAGAUCUUCUAGUAAGCUAAUUUUUAACGCAUCCACUUCCUGGAAAAAUUAACGCAAAUCCAAGGAAUGCUAUUAAAAACAAAUGUAUUUCUGAUCUGGAAGCAGACUAAAUUUGAAUUUGGCAUUCCUUUUUAAUCUCAGUCUGCUUUCAGUGGCAAAUAAGAAGCAGGUCAGUAAUGGGCUUAAAAAAAAAUCCAGAUUUUAAGUACAGGUAGUCCUCGACUUAUGACCACAAUUGAAAUCAGAAUCUCUGAAAGUGAAUCUUUGGCUUUGCUGGUUGGAAGGCAGUUGGGAAGUCACAAGUGGCAAUCACAGGAGCCUGGGAUGCUGCAGUUGUCCUAAAUAAUAUGACAAUUGCCAAGAACCCAAAUUUUGAUUACGAUUGUGGGAAUGCUGCGAUGGUUAAGUGCAGGGACCAGUUUUAAUUUGUUUUUUAGUGUAAAUUUGGUAAGCAAAUGGUUAUAAGUCAAGGACCACCUUUAAGGCCAAGACAGAAUUCCAGAGUUAGAUUUGAAAAUGUGUUUUAUCUAUACAGUAGUGGCCAAAAUUGUGGAAACCUUUUGGGAAAAGUGUAUUUUUGAGGUUUGGUGGCUAAUAACACUACUUUUUUUGAGGGGGGUUUCAAGAUAAUCCUAUUCCACUGCUGGAAUGGCCUGGGAAUAGCCCAGACCUUCCCCAAUUGAAAAUCUAGGGAGCCGACUAAAGAAACUUGUUAGUCAGAAGCGACCCAGCAAUAAAACCCAGUUAAUAGAAGCCAUCAUUCAAUCUUGGUUUCACAUUAGAAUAGCCGCAGAACUAAAAGACUUGGUUCACUCCAUGGGAAGACGUUGUAAGGCCGUAAUUCAUGCUAAAGGUUACUCAACUAAGUAUUAAAUGACAUGGUGAUAAUUUUUGUAUAUCUCAUUUUUUCUACGUGUUUCCCUUUUCUUCUUUAUACUGCAACUGCUAUUCUAAUAGCAAAUCCUUCAUAAAAGUUAUUGCAUUACAUUCUUGAUUAAAAUUAUCUUUCUAUUGAUAUAUAAUUUUAUGGUAUUGCUCCAAAAAAAAAGUGGUGUUAUUAGCUAGUUUUAGAAAAUACACUUUUCCCAAAAGGUUUCCAAAAUUUUGGCCACUACUGUAUAUACUUUCUCUUGCACAUAUUAAUAUUUGGUGCCUAACAUGGCAUGUUUUCUCUUAAGCUAACAUGUGGAUUAGCUUAAACUAAUGUGAAACUGACUAGUUUUAUCAGUUUUAUCUACCAUUAUUCAUGCUAUACAAGAGUGUUAUGGGCUGAGUUUGCAUUGGGCAAUUUUAAAGAGUCUCAUGAAAGAGAGGUCUCUCCCCCCCCCAAAAUGGGUCAAAUAUCUACAGUUGGCUCCCUAAAGCUCACUGCUGAAAUAAGCAAUGUUUCUGCAUAAAAAAUGACUUUGUUGGAAGAAUAAAGAAAAAGUGGCAUUCUGGACAGUAUCCCUGUUGGGUGCAGCAAAUGCACAAAAUUAUGGAAGGAGGGAGGGGGUCUAGCAAUGAGGACCGUUGGCCUAAGCAUCAUCUAUAGAUAACAUCCCGAUAUUUUUUUUCCCCAUUAAAAAUAAGUUUCCACCC